AGCGACACUGGUGCAUCAGCACUGUGCCGAGAGCUCAAGAGGGAAACCUCGUAUCGGUGCGUGUAUUGCUUUAAGAAAGAAUCACGUGACCGAUACAGGAACUGUAUCGUUUGGAUGUGCCGCGCCAAAGUGUGUUUAUCAGGAAACAAACUGUAUCAACAUGUCGUGGGUUUGUCGGAUGGAGUUUUGCUUGAUCAUGGAUCGUUCUAGGAAGUUUUCCCCGGUGUGGAAUAAUUUUGAUCUCGUGACGCCAAACAAGGUGAAGUGUCGGCUCUGCUCUACAGAGCUAUCUUAUAUCAAUAAGAGCACUUCAUCAAUGCUGAGGCAUUAUAGAGCUCGGCAUGGCAAUGAAGAAUUGGCAGAUACUCGUGAGAGUACCCCAGUUCCUAACAAGCAAGCAGUGGAUGAGGCAGUGGUCAAUAUGAUCAUCAAAGACUGUCAGCCACUCAGCUUUGUUGAAAAUGAGGGAUUCAGGGAGCUCCUGAAGCUUAUUCUACCCUCGUAUGCUCUACCAAGCAGGAAGACCAUCAAGGACUUGGUGAGCCAGAGAUAUGAGGAGGAAAAGGAGAAAACCAAAAAGGACCUCCAGAGUGCCGUUGCUGUUACUUUAACAGCUGAUAUGUGGACGUCUAUGAAUAUGGAGGCAUAUCUAACUUUUGUUUCUCAAUAA